GGUUGUCAAGCAGAGGCAAGCUUUGAUGAUGACUUCAUGGAGCUUGGUUGCUUUGAACGUUUGCCAAACCAUGAGGUGAAGGACCCGAAGGACUCUUCAUCUGCAUACGAUUGGUUUUGCAUGAACUACACUGGGCAGACUCCUUGCAUGAGUGGCCUACCAUUCUACUCCAUGAGAUCCAAUGCCAUGACACCUGGCCUAUGCUCAGAAUUUUGCACCGGAAAAGGUCUGGACAUAUUUGGCUUGGUGGAUGGGGAGGAAUGCCGCUGUGGUGCUUCUGCAGUGAACCGAAAUGGGAAGGAUCAAAACAUUGACAUGCGACACUUGGAAUUUGAUCCAGCAGCACUUACCCCUCAUACAAGUGACAUGGGACUUUGCCCAUUGAGACUGUUUCGCUAUGCUGGACACUUUGAGGGUGGUGGUGUGCCAUAUGGGAUUACCCAGCUACUUGAAGGUGAUUCGGAGUAUAUCCGUUCCAUCUACUCGGGGCGAAGAAUUGAACACUCUGAGGAUGCUCCCUCGAAUUUACAUCUGACCACAGAAGCCCCUGAAUCGUUAUCUCAAAGCAGCGAAGGCCAAGUGCCUGAAGGGUACAACCGUGAUUGCUGGCCUGACAACUGUGGCCCUGGCCGUGGGCCAUGGCAGGAUCGUACCACAGAUCUCCCACCAGGUGUUUCCUUGCGGCGGUUCAUGGAAUACGUUGUGAUUCCUUACCACUUUGAAGAUGGACUUGAUGAUGCUCGCAAGGAAGCCUUCCGUGUUGCAGUGAAGCGCUGGCACAGCAAUACCUGUAUCACACUGGCCGAAAAACCACCAAUCAAUAUCUCUCGCCCCUACAUCAAAGUUGGUCUCUACCAAGAAGGUUCUUGCUGGCUUUCAGGAAUGGGAUGGCCAGGAUUCAAUUGGGACAAUACACCAAGGUACAGUAGAAUCAACCUGGGGUUUUGCAAUAGCAUGAGCCAUGUUGGAAGCAUGAUCCACGAAAUUGGACAUGCCAUUGGAAUGAACCAUGAGCAGAAGCGUCCUGACGCCCAAGCUGCAUGGAAUGGACAUGGCCCGCAUUUGAUCAUGCAUUGGCAAAACAUCGACGCGGGCUGGAUCUCCCAGUACCUUCCCGAUGACAGGACCUACGUUGGUUCCACAAACCAAGGCCAAGCUUUGAAGUGCUAUACUAGGGACGACCCGUACUCUGGUUACGCCCCAUAUGACUACGGAAGCAUCAUGCACUAUCCUCCUGGCAGCGCUUAUGAUACGGACCCUGCCUCCAACGAAAACUUGAUGGGCAAUCGCAAGCACUUGACCACCGGAGACAUUGAUCAGAUCUUGGAC